AUGGUCGUGGUCGUGGUCGUGGUCGUGGUCGCGGUCGCGGUGGCAGUUUUUGACAUGGCCAGCCAGCCGACAUACCUCAUCCUCGAAUACGAAUCCCAAAUGGGGAAUUGGAAAUUGGCCAGCAGAACGCCACGUUCCUCGAGUCCAAUGGCAAAUGGCGACCCGAGUGGUGGCGAUGGGGCUAGUGCUUUACCGUCUGCCAACCAACAACCUCGGGCGACCAUCAUCUGCCAGGACGGGACGAGGCGAGCUGGCGUGGCCCAUGGGCUCUCGGUUGUCAUCACGAGAUGCGCUCUACCUCUCCUCGCGCAGAAUAAAGAGUCAAGCUAUGCCUCUUGGGACUGGCGGCCCUGGCAAAUGCUCUCCGAGGCAUCUGAUUCGCACAAGGCGAUGGGCGAUAGGCGACGGUCCACCCGAGAGCCACCAGCGAGUAGGACGAGCGUGUGGCAGGUUGCUUCCCUCCAGCCUACCCUCCGGGCUGGAAAUGAGUUGUCAUAUUGCGGCCUUGGGUCACAACACGACAAGGCGGACGCUGUGGGCGAAUGUGAGGAGCAGCGAGUGGCAAUGGAGGACGGGGGCGACGGCGGGAAGCAGGCGUCGUUCAGACAGGACAAGGGACACAGUUCUUGCCGUCUCUCCAGGACUAUCACGGCCAGCAUCUGUAGCCGUGGCGUUUGA